AAGAGAAAGAGCUAAACGUAAAACCCAGGGUGUGUGACACAACACAAGUGAGUGAAUUUUGAAGCAGCUGCCUUUUGUUGUUCGUCGGUGAAGCUGAUGUCUCUGCGUGCUGCAGCCGCCAUUUUUCUCAAAAGACGUCGUUUUCCUGCUUUCCAUGGCUUCUGUGCAUCUCGUGUAUCCCCAAACGCAUUUCCACUCUCAUUUUCUGGCAAACUUAAACUUUCCCACUGGUAUCAAACCGGAGCAAAUGGCUCGAGGAUGAAUCUUAGGGAUCCUUGUCUGUGGAUUGUUAUAUCUGGACAUAUUGCUAUUGUACUAGGGACUGGUGCCAACACUGUGUUUGCAGAAGAUCCAACUAAUGAAGCAUCUCCAGAUGAUGAAUUAAUUGGAUUAAGAAAAGUUGAGGAUGGUUCUGUAGUAUCAAAUACACAUACAGCAAAAUGGAGAGUAUUUACUGAUGAAGCGAGGGAAUUUUUCAUAAAGGGACAACUAGAUGCAGCUGAAAAACUUUUUCUUGCUGCUCUACAAGAAGCUAAAGAGGGUUUUGGCCCAAGAGAUCCGCAUGUUGCAUCUUCAUGCAAUAACCUGGCAGAGUUAUACAGGAUCAAAAAGGAUUUUGCCAAAGCAGAACCAUUGUACUUGGAAGCUAUCGACAUAUUAGAGGAAGAUUUUGGCCCAGAUGAUAUACGGGUUGGGGCUGCUGCUCACAACCUUGGACAGUUUUACCUUGGACAGCGGAAGUUGGAAAAAGCUCGUGUUAGCUAUGAGCGCGCUCUGAAGAUAAAAAGACGUGUUCUGGGAUAUGGCCAUUCAGAAUGUGCAGAUACAAUGUAUCAUUUAGGAGUGGUGUUGUAUCUCCAAGGAAAAGAAAGGGAUGCUGAGGCCGCCAUUCAGGACUCAAUAAGGUUAUUAGAGGAAGGUGGCGAAGGGGAGUCAUUUGUAUGCAUUAGAAGACUUCGAUAUCUGUCGCAGAUAUAUUUGAAAUCACAUCGACUUGCUGAAGCUGAGAUGGUCCAGAGGAAGAUCCUGCAUAUUUUGGAAUUGUCGAAGGGUUGGAAUUCGUUGGACACAGUUGUUGCAGCUGAAUCUUUAGCUCUGACCCUGCAAGCGUCUUGCAAUUUAAAAGAUUCAAAAGAACUUCUUGAAAGAUGUCUCAAUGCGCGGAAAGUCUUGCUUCCUGAUGACCAUAUUCAGAUUGGUGCAAACCUACUUCGUCUAGCACAGGUUGCUAUGCUUGAUAGCAGCCAACAUAAAAAAUUUGAUGUCAAGAGAGCUAAAGCUGAGCUUGAUAUCGCAAAGGAUCAUGUACAUAAUUCAAUAAGGAUUGCACGUCAAUAUUUAGAUAGAGUAUCGAAACAAAAAGACAGGUUGAAGAAACACAGUGCACCGGGAGAUUCCAGAAAGGAAGCCCAAGCAGCGCUGCUCAUAUUGCUGCAAUCAUUCAGUACUUUAUCGUCGGUGGAGGUAGCAAAGCAAGAACUGCUGGAAAUUCAGGAAGGAAAAAGUAACCUCAAGGCUAAGGAGCCACUUCUUCAAUGCAUUCAUGCUUACAGGGAGUUUGUAGCCGAUAAGUCGAUCCCUGAGAACGCUGAGAUAAAGAAGGAAUACCUUUCGUGUUUGAAGGUUGCUCAAAACUUGCUCGGUAAUAAAGGACUACCAGAGGCUGAAUUGAUAGAAUCUUGAAGAGCUCAGUUUAGAUUUUGGUGUGAGAAACAAAGUUGGUCCAUAACUUUAUAAGCUGCAAUUUUUUUGCUAGGUAGACAAUAACUUUUGUGAACAAUGUGAACAAUGGAUUCCAAAAUUGGACCAAUAAAAUAGAACACAGUCCACCCUAAAUUAUUCCCUAAACCUUAAUUUUUACAAUCCUAAUUUUAACCAUCCUAUUCCUACCCCUUUUGACCCCUGAGACGCAGCCACACUCCAGGAAUCAUACCGUCGGCGUUGCAACUCAACCUCCGGCAAGUUCGCUGCAAGCUGAACAUCCGGCACUACCCACACGCUCCAACCACAGGCUUCACGAGUCCCCUAUCGAAGCUUGCGCGUUGCUGCCCUCAUUCUGCAUCCCUCCCUAAUGCCACCGUCGAACACCGCUCGUCGCGGAAGGGCUCUUGCUCGCUGUCGCUGCGCCAGCAAAUUUUCGCACGCGGCGUCACAGUUGAGCGGUAGGGCUCUCGCUCGUCGCUGCGCCAGCAAAUUUCCGCACGCGGCGUCGCAGUUGAAUGCACCAACAGCAACGCUGAACAGCCUGCAAGCUUCAGGUUCGCUCGCUCAUAGUGCUCGUGCGCUGCUGCCCUCACCCCGCGUCCCUCACUUGCCACCAUUGGGCGCCGGCCGUCGCGGAGGAGCUCCCGGUCUCUGUUGACGCGCCUCCAAUCUUCAGCAAGCUUCAGGUUUGAUUUCUUGGACUGCUGUGGAAGAUAAGAAUCCCUGUUUGUUGUUGAUUUAUUAUUUUGUUACCAUGUUGGAUUAUAUAUUUUUUUAAUUUGGUUUGGUCUGUCCAGGCAUUACGUUAGUCGUCACAGAUGUUCCACUGGCUUUGGAUGUUUGAUUUUCACUUCAGACGGAUGAUUAUUUUACCUAAUGACUUUAGAUGUUCGAUUUUCACUUCUUAUAAGACGGAAGAUUAUUUUACCACGUAUACGGAUGGUUGUUUUGCAUUCAAUAAUUUAAUGAUCGUUUCAGUUGAGUUGGUGAUCAUGUGCUUGUUUGGCUGGGGUCUGGGCGGCAGUGGGCUGCGGAGGAGGCUGCACGGCCGGUGGCAGUGGGGCAGCGCGAAGGAGGCUGUCUGGGUAUUGUGCGGCGCGAUCGGAUGUUUGCGGAGAGGCUGGGCGGCAUCGGUUGAGGGCUAGGCGGCGGCGUCUGACCGGAGAGGGGGAAAGUGAAGCACCGGCUGGAUUUAAUUGAAAUCCUUAUUUUUUAAAAUUUCAAAAUUUGAAAUAAUUAUUAAUUAAUUAAUAAUAUAGAUAUGUCGAAGUAUGCUGGUAAUCGGAGAGUCAAAUAAGUAAGUGGCAUCCCCUUGUCAAUUGAGAUUUAAAAUUAUUCCGUACUUCUCUAGUUCUCUGCCACAUAUGACAAAUAAAAUCAAUUCAUUGCGUGAUCAAUUUUUAGCAGCACCUCAUUUUACUCACUACCACACACUUGCUCUCAUGAAAAUGCUUCUCUGUGGCGUGUUGUUUUCACCCUCAGGCCUACUAUGUAUGGUGUUUCUGGAAUCUUGA